CGCGCGUUCACCAGUCGCGACAGAACGCUCGCGGAGCGCGCACUGCAGUGCAUCCAUCACCGUGCGUUUCAGAUCGAUCUCAGAUCUACCUCGAACUUCGACGAAUUUUCUUCGAGAAAAUUCUCGUUAUAUUUUAACAUUCGUUACACGAUGUCUGUUUAAGUAACAAUUCGAGGACCAUUUACUUCGUGUGAAAUGUGCGAAGCGACUUAUCUAUGCGGGAUCUUAUGCCGAAAUGCGCGCCGGCAAUCUUUUAUCAUUCUGUCGACCCAACGCAAUUGUGACUGGUGGUGAAUCCGUUCGUGUGUUGUGACCGUCGCGCGUAAAUUGCUCUCUAGUUUGAGACAGUGAACUUGAAUGAUGUCAAUGCCGCACAUUCGUCAACUUUGAAUGUUUGGCGCGUAUUGACGCGCGGGCUAUUGCGUGUGCAGGCCGCUCAGCUGUGAAUUUAAUUGAAGUACGAACAAGAAGGAAUGUUGAAGCACGUGUCUAUCUCGCCGUGGAGAGGGCGAGCGGACAGCGUGAGCCUCUCUUCCAGCGGCGGCGCGAGUAGCUGCGGAAGCGGAAGUCCUACCCCCGGUCACACACCGCCACCCUCGAGAGCAUCCUCAUGCGCGUCCCUAGCACCCUUAACCGCCCUGUCGAGCUUCUCCCCGGCUGAUACCGCGCCCCAACAGACCACCAUCAAGGUCUACGCCAACUGCCUGCGACCGGACAUCGAAUAUAAAACCCUAAGCAUCACUUAUGAGACGACCUGUCGCGAGGUCGUACAAAAUCUUCUGAACAAGUAUCGCAUGAGACAUCGCGACCCCCGGUUGUUUUAUUUGACCAUGGAGGUGACCGUGAGGAGGGCCAAUGUGCGUACCAUCCUGCCCCUUGACGAGGACGCGAGGCCAGCUGUCCUGCAAUCCUGUCAUCCUCGCGGCGAUUCCAAGUUUUCGUUGCAGACACACCGUGGCGGACUUGUCAAAAUAUACGACAGCGCUCUCAUGUCCGGGUCUAAGUACAAAAGCCUUCUGGUCUCAGAGCAGACCACCGUAGACGAGUUGAUCCAAAUGCUGCUAAGUUGCUAUAGCUCCAAAGAACCGGUGGAGCAAUUCUCUCUCUACGAGGUCUGCGAAGGUGAAGAGUACCAAAGGAAAUUACAUCCCGAUGAUUCUCCACUCAAAGUCACGCAACGGUGGACCAGUGCGGAUCGGCAUCUUCGCAUUAGGCGUAAUCCAGAUUAUAAUCAACAUAGGCGGAGGAGUAUGUGGGCGUCGGACUCAAGCAUUACCAUGGCGAUGUCGAGGCUGGAUCUCCAGGAUAGUCUUCCUAUCCAUUACAAUACGAGAAUCGAAAACAAUAAUCAUUUGGGCCUACAUCAUCUCGCUAGAAAAAACAGCGUUACCGCAAAUAACAACAACAAUAACGUUAUUCAUCGGGAUCAACAUCACUCAUCGUCGUUAGGUUCCAUCAGUCAGACGUCACGAAUCGUCGUAUCCCACGGAACGGAUCUUCCGCAAGUGCAGCUGCCGCGGUUGCAGCAAUUUCCGCAGAGCGUUCCGUCGACGCCGCUCUCAACAAAACACGUCACUGCCUCUUCCUAUGCCGAUUACGAGAAUUAUCUUUUUAUAUAAGAAAUCGUAAGCACGAUAGAAGUUGAAAGAAGCUGCGUCGAUCGCGAAAACGGUCAGAGUUACCAGAAACUCGUUGAAGAUACGAGAAACAUACGCAUAUUGCAACUGUUCGAUAGCAUUUGUCUUUGUGUAACAUUUAGACGUCAAAUACUAUGAGCACUAUGAAGCGUGAGCAAUGUAUACCUUUGAUUUUUAUUUAAAAAGGUAGCUUACCUUCUU